AUGUUGCAACCACAGCCACAAAUUCCAGAAGUUGGCGAUGAAUUCCCAACAGUAGAAAGCUUUAAAGAAGCAGCGCAGGAAGGUGCCAAGGCAGCAGGUUUUGCUUUUAGUGUAUCAUUAUCAAAAGUAUUCGGUGGUGAAAAGGGUGGUCACACUCCUUAUAUUAUAUUGCAAUGCACAAUGGGGGUAAAUAUAGAAAUAACCAUAACAUCACUGAAAAAACUCGAAAAAGAAAGAAGUCCACAAACUAUCUUAAAUGAGGAUACUAAAGUUUGGAUAAUAAAAUCUUCCAAAACUGAGCAUAAUCAUGAACUACUUCUUCUAUCCCAAGUUCAUUGCCUUCCUCAACAUCGGAGCCUCAGUACAGAACAAAAAGAGUUGAUUCAUAUUAUGCUUAAGAGUGGUGCAUCAACUCAGUCAAUUGCUGAUGCAAUACACUGGAAGAAUGGCAUUAUAUAUACAAAAGAUAUAAUGAAUGAACAUGAUUAA